AUGAGUGAAUAUACCGGUGAUUACGUUGUAAACGAACUCCUGAGACGUGUUGAGGCAGGUAAAAAAAAGAACACAAACCUGAAUAAUCCCAACAAUACCGAAAAGACCCUUCUAGGAUGCCUUUUCAUUGACGCCAUUGACAAACUGUUAACAGAAGCAAAACUUCAAGCUGAAAAAGAUGGAACUAGGACUAUAUCUAUUGAAAAUUUAAGGGAAGCAGAGGAAAUACUGCUAAGUAUGGCAAGAGAUGAAGAAGGCUGA